AUGGCCCCACUUCCAAGACUGAAGGUUCUGAUGAUGUUGAGCAUGCUCGUCGACCAUUGGGCCUACGCUGAGGCAUGUCGCCUCGACGCCGAAGACCUCUGGUACCACUGCGAUCAUCACCCAAAAGAAGGCUACUGCAAGUACGUCCUCGCCCAGUUUCGCGCUUCUCUGGACGGCUUGGAGGAAUAUCAAAGAAACAACAGGCCUGAGGGCGAUGGAACGUUCGGGGGCAAGGAAGAAGACAUCAUGGAAACGCGGGUGGCAGAGAUGACUGACGAAGGAGUCAAGUCUAGGGUCGAAGAAGUUAGACACGUCCCGUUAAGCAUUCUCAAAUUGCCCAUGCGUCCCAAAUCGCCUGUCUCCAAGAAGAAGAGCCACUCCUGA